GUUAAGUUCCAGGUCUCGCGAGAUUUGGUCAAUGGCAGUGUCAGAGUGUCAACAACGGGUAGGCAGCAGCAGAGCUGUCGGGAGCAGGGAGGGGGAGUGAAGAGGCAGUUUAAUCAUCCGAAGAAGAUUACUAGCUAGCCUGUGAAAGCAGGAGCCAGCGCUGGACGGUUCGAUGACACCACAGGAUAAUUUGUCUGAGAUGGGGGAUGAUAGACCCUUUGUCUGCUCUGCUCCUGGAUGUGGACAGAGAUUCACAAAUGAAGACCACCUGUCAGUGCACAAACACAAGCAUGAAAUGACAUUAAAAUUUGGUCCCGCCAGGACAGAUUCUGUCAUCAUUCAAGACCAGACCCCCACCCCCACCCGUUUCCUGAAGAACUGUGAGGAGGUUGGUCUAUUCAAUGAGCUGGCCAGUUCUUUUGAACAUGAGUUCAGCAAAGCACAGGAAGACGACCAGAGAACAAAACACCCACCUGUGCCGUUACAAACACCAUCUGAAAUAAAAGAAGAAGAAGAGGCUCCUUUAGAGGUAGAUUCUUCUCCUCCUGAAAGCCCCGGCUCCUCGUCCAGCAUGUCUGACAACAGCAGAGACUCGAGGGAGAUUCUCACAAAACCUUUGGUGAACUCGGCUCCCACUCCAACUAUUGUGCGUCCAGGUUCUCUCCCCCUGCACUUAAGCAACGACUCACUACAACCGACCCUUCCUUCUCCCACAUCCGUAAUCACACAAGCUCCACCUUCCAACAGACAGCUGGGAUCCCCCACGAGUGCAUAUCCACUGGUGAGGCAUCUCCCAAACGGGCAGACUGUUCCUCUUUUGCCCAGCCCUGUGCAGCUUACCUCAGUUAUUUCUAUUGCGAGGCCCAUGAACACAGUGCCUAACAUCCCUGGGAUUCCAGGACCCCCUGUUGGAGGAGCCAGUAGUGGUUCAUCCUCCCCAUCUGGCUAUGGUCUUCAUUCUGAGGCUAAACUGCGAUUGAAGGCCGCUCUGUCACAUCAAGGCCCGGGAACACAAGAUGGAGCAGGUGGUGGAUCAGGAUCCAUCCCUGCUGUUCCCCAGAGGCAGGAACAGAGUCAACAGCCCUCUCAAAACUCGGAUGCUCUAUCACCCGCACAACCACAGGUGUCCCCUGCUCAGCCUACAGGGGGACGGCGGCGGCGUGCUUCAGAGAUGGACCCUGAUGAGAGGAGGCAGCGUUUCCUGGAAAGAAACCGGGCGGCAGCGUCACGCUGCAGACAAAAACGAAAGCUGUGGGUCAACUCGUUGGAGAAAAAGGCGGAGGACAUGGCCAGCAUGAACGUCUCCUUAACCAAUGAAGUCACUCUGUUGAGGAACGAGGUGGCACAGCUGAAACAGCUCCUCCUAGCUCACAAAGACUGCCCCGUCACCGUCAUGCAGAAGAAGACAGCUUUCUUAGCUGCAGGAGGAGACGAGACCUCCAGGGACGUUUCCACCGAACCCAUCGGCUCCCCGGCGGCAGUCAUUCAGCACAGGCCGUCGCCCCCAGCCUCGGCUUCCAGCCCGGGCGCCACCAUAAACGGGCUGAGUGUCCGCGCUGCAGAAGCGGUGGCCAUGUCGGUUUUAGCCGGCAUGGGGUCGGGAGGGGUUGUCUUGGCAACGCAGCCACAGCCAGCCCCAAGAUGAUGUGUGUUGGGGAGAAAGGGACAGCUAGAAUGAACUUGGGUGGUUUUCAGAGGACUUCAGACCGGUGCAAAGUCUUUAGUGAAGGACCCACCCUCACCCCAUAACUAGGAUUCUCUCCCUCCACAGCUUACGAUAAUCACACAAAAACAUGGCGCAGUCUCCCUCCCUCCCUCCCUCCCUCCCUCCCUCUCUCUCUCUCUCCCCGUUGUCCCCUCCCAGCAGUCUCCCUUUUCAGAGAAGCUUCAUCGCUCUGCGUAUGUAAAUAUGAAAUAAACAUGUCCAACACUUUCUCUGCAGGGUUCGGGGUCGUGUCUUGACAAGGUUUUAGAUGAGGAAGACGGAUGGAUUUAGUUUUUAUCAGCUAAUCAUUUACUUUUGUUUCAGUUCAUAAAGCAUCAGUCCAGUUUUAUCCCACACACUGGCUGUGAUGAGGUUUUAUUAUUUUAUUUGACAGGCUGGCUAUUGAACUUUAAAUGUGUUUUUUUGUUUUUUUCCAUUUGUAAAAAAAAGUAUUUUUUAUUCUUAAAACAUGAUGUUCACAUGAUGUCUUGCUUGUGCAGUUCAGAUCUGGUGCAAGAUGGACUGACUGCAGUUAAAGGUGGUCUUGGAAGUUUCCUUCUGUUUACUGUUCAACCUGUUUCUUUUUUCUUUGUGUUUGUUUGUUUGUUUGUUUUUAGAUUAAAAAAACACGUAAUGGUUUAGUCAGCUGCCCACCCUGUGGUUGAAAGACCUUUUCUUUUUAAUCAUGUAUUUCGACCCAUUUAGAAUGGAUGUUGUGAUAUUUCUUUUCAAUCGAACCCUUUUGACUGCAUGAACUAUUCGAGGCUAAAGAAUACCACUGAUUGUAUGUAAAUCAAUAUACAGUUGCUGUUCUGUUCAAUAACAGUUGAUUGGUGCAGUCAUGUUCUAGGUGUGUAAGAGUUCCACACAGGUUCAACUUUUAAAUCAUGCUAGUCCAACAUAAUGGCUUUUACACCCUUCUACCCUGCCAUUUCAGAUGAGCAAAGAAUAGUGCAAUAUAUAUUUUUCUAUUGGAUAACAAUGUUUUUGUUUAGAGAUGGCAUGUCUGCUCCAGAUACUUGGAGGGGUUUGGUCUGUUUCAGUCAGAAUCUACUUCUAAUGUGACCAAAGCAAAUGUAAAGAUGGAGUACUUGAGUUGUGGAUUAAUUAGUGCACAUUUAGAGUUGCAGAUGCUCUGUUGUUGAGAACCUUUCACCAUAAAAGUAGUCUCGUGUCACACACACACACAAAAAAAAACUCAUAUUUGGUGCAAGGUGCUUCUUAUGUUUUAAGUGUUUUUAUUCAUCAAACUUGCUGGGUUUUUUGUCCUUCAGUUUCUUUAAAGGGUUUUAUUUUUUUCUGUGGGAAAUUUGAGGAUUUUUUUCUGCCACCUUAAUUGUCCAACGGGAUAUUGUUUAUUUGUUUUUGCUUUGUUUAACUGAGGCUUAUCUAAACAAGAGGACGUGAAUGAUGUGUUUGUGGUAUGUUUGGACUUAGUCUGCCCAAUACUCAGGCCUCAAGAUGAGAAAAAUAUGUGUGUAUAGUCAACUAAUUAAUAAAUUAAUGUAAAACA